AUGGGCGGCCCGCCACGGAUCGACGGCGCCGCGGUGAGGGACUUCCUGCACGAGGGGCUCCUGAACGCCCAGCGGACGAUCCGCAGGCUCACGGAGAAGGUCGAGGAUGCCGUGAUGUCGUUGGACGAGGCCCGCCGGGGCGCUCAGGCGAUGCGCGCGCGGCGGUCCUGGGCGCCCGCGGCCCCAGGCUUCGCGAGUCUCACGAUGGGCCGGACGCGGGUGUCGCAGCCGGUGUGCGACGUCGCGCUGGCGCAGGAGGAGAUCGAGGACCGGCUGUCCACGCUGUCCGUGUACACCGUCGUCAACGACAACAACGAGUUCGUGCUCGUGUCGGGCCCCAGCGCGGGCGACGCCGACGCGCCGGGGGGCAAGCAGCUCGGGCUGUUCUUCAUGCGACGCGAGGGCGCGCAGGGCCUCCUCGCGGAAAUCAGCCGCCAGGAGCCCGGACUCGCCAAGAGCUGCAGGGUGCUGGAGGUGGCGAUGGACAAGGUGUACGCGCUGCUAAAGUCCCCCCAGGCGAAACAGCCCGAGUCGGGCGUGGCGUUUCGGCUCGUGCCGGCGGCGGAGGAGGUGUCGCACGCGCUCAAGCUGUACAAGACGCACGGCGUGAACUCGAAGGACUUCUGGGGCGUCCCGGUCUUCCAGGCCGAGGGUCUGACAGUCACGAAGGACCGCGCCAAGUGCAUCCCUCUUUUCCUAUCUAAGAGCGACCUGGACGCGGCCGUCUCCAGCGCGUUCACGCGCGCCGAGCUCACGAAGCUGCGCGAGGCCGGCGAGGGCGUCCGCGAGUGCGAGCAGGAGGUGGAGCGCGUCAAGCGCGAGGUGGACACCGCCGCCACCGACAAGGCGAAACGUCGGCAAACGACCAAGCUGGAGCGCGCGGAGAGCAAGCUCGCGCGCGCGCAGAAGCGGUACGAGGACCUCCGGCGCCUGCACACGCCGCCGAAGGUCGAGGUCGGGUCGCUGGAGGACGUCGUGGCGCAGAUGGAGGGCGACCAGGAGGGGGACUGGCAGGGGGCUGUGUUCGUGUCCCCGGGGAGCAUUGCGGGGUCGCAGCCGGCGGAGCAGCCCGCGAAGGAGUCCGGGAAGGGGAAGCGGUCGAAGGAGAAGGCGAAGAAGUGA